AUGUUCAAUUGUCGACAAUUUGUUUAUUUCAUUUUAACCUGUUUAUCUUCAAUAUUUUUAAACGGAGCUGAUGAAUGGUAUUCAAAAUCACAGUGUACACAAAAAGAGUAUGCAAAUCAUAUGGAUAUUGAAUGUGAAAAUAAAAUUAUUCUCAUCGGUUGGAGUCAUUAUGGAACGAAAAAACCUUUUACAAUAAAUUUUCAACAACAACAUCAACGAUGUGAACCAUCAGAAACUGAUUGUAUUAUGGAUUAUACGCAUAAAAUUGCUGAAUUAUGUAAUGGUGUGUCGUCAUGUCAAGUCAUUCUAACUCAACAAUUUAUCCACAAAUGUUCCGAUGAAGCUACAUAUCUAUUUAUCUCGUAUCAAUGUAUAGAAAAUAAUACAAUUGUUGAUAUUUGCUCAAAACGUAGUCUCGAAUCAUCAUCUGAAUUACAUUUAAUAAGUCCAUUAUUUCCAAAUGAAUAUCCGAAUAAUGUUAAUUGUACUUGUUCAAUUAGUGGAACAGGACAAUCAUCACCACUACAACAAGAAGUGACGAUCGAUGUGGAGAGUUUAUCAUUUAAUUUACAAGACAAUGAUUUUCUAUCAACUUCAACAUCAAUUGAACAAUCGGGUACAUUAGCAUUUGGUUCUUCGAUCGUUGUUGCACAAAAAUAUAUUGAUUUAACAUUUACAACGGAUGAAACACUUAGUCAGUCGGGAUUUUGGGUCCGAAUACAUGGUUAUUCACCAUGUAAUCGUGAUGAAUAUUCACUUGGUUCAAAAUGUUUACGAUUGUUCACAAUGAAACAUUCUUGGCCAAUUGCUCAUCAAAAAUGUUUGUCAACUGGUAGUCGUCUAUUGAAAUUAUACGAUAUUGUUGAAGAAAAAAAAUUAUCAUAUUUUCUUACAAAUGGACAAUUUCAAGAUACACAAUAUUGGAUUGGAUUAUAUAAAAAUUCCGAUGAAUGGUUAUGGGAUACAAAACAAAAUCAAACAUUUUCGACAAAAUCCUGGUGGCCAUGGCGUACAUCAACAUUAUCGGAUGAGAAAAUUUUAGAUAUAUCUAAUUGUGUUCUACGUACACAGGAUGGCUGGGUGAAAAAACCUUGUGAAGAUGCCUAUGCAUUUAUUUGUGAACGUGAUGCACUUAGAGAAUCUGUUCCAUUAUCAAUUCGUUGUGGAAAUGCACAACAGCGUAUGUUUCCAAGUUCAAUUAUGACCACUACGACUUCAUCAUCUACUACAUUGUCAACGAUCAGUACAAUAGUUUCAACAACGUCAGAAAUAAAAUUUCCUAUAAUAAAACGAACACGUCGACCGCAUUACUAUAAUGAACGAUCAAACAAUAAUAAUUCGAAUAAUGAAGUUUAUAUUCAACAAAUAGAUCCAAUAGCAGCAAAAAUCAAUGAAUUAAAUGUUCAAACUCAACAAUCAUCUACUAAACGUACUCUAGAUCCAACAAUAUUGGCUGCUGCUCUUGGUGGUGUUGCAAUUGCCAUAUUCUCUGUGAAUAUCGUUGUUUGCUACAUGUGUAGGCGACGUUCUCAAAAACAAUCAAAAUGUAAAACACCCGUAGAAUCUCAGUCGUCCUUUAUUCAUGAAGAAUUACAACGUAGUCUAGUACAACAUUUAUAUCAUGAACAAACCAAUACAAUAUCGUCUACUUCAUCUUCAUCAAAUCAUUCUCAGUCACAAUCAAAUGAUACCACACGAACUACAACUGGCGCACUACCUGCACCAUCGAUCACACCAAAUUUAUUAGGUUCAACAUCACCAACUAACAAUGUGAAUUUUAAUUUAUUAAACGAUCAACCAGCAUCAUUUGAACAUCAAAAUUAUACAUUACCAAAGUGUCCACAACAUUUUCCUUCAUAUCCUACAUUAAACAAUCAUCGUCCAGAACAUGUUUCAACAUGUAAUGGUAAUGGUGGAGGUUUAUGUUUUCGUAAUCCACAUGCCGAUUUGAAUACGAGUCAAAACGUUGAUUAUCACGUUUAUGAGACAAUACCAUCGUCAUCGGUCACUGACACAACGUAUAUGUUUCAUUCAGCAUUUAAACCCGUUCUUCAAGGACAAACACAGACUGUUCGUCCAUUUUUACCGAGAACGAAUAUUAUUUAUCGAAAUAGACAACAACCGUUAACAACGACGACUACAUCGCCUUACGAUACAUCAGCAAUAUGUUCAUCAACAAAAUAUAAUCAACAAACUGUUUUAAUACCUGUCUGUUGUGGUCAUCAUCAUUUAUCUCUACCGUCACAUCUACAACAACAAUUAUGUUGUAAUUAUAACCAAUCUGAUUCGAUUCCUUCACGACUAUUGAACAGUAAUACACCAAAACCAAAUGUUGACCAAAUUUAUGUUGGAUCUGAAUCGAUCGUAUGA